AUGUCAGAAAACAUACCCGAAUCCAUCCCCACACACCGCGACCCCCGCAGCGGCCAGGCAACAAAAAAACGCGCCCUCUCACCACGAAGCAAGCAAUCCGCCCAUCUAGAAGCCCUCUUCGCAAACCCAGACAAACCCAUAAACCUACCCAACACCUCCACCACAAAAUCCUCAACGCUACCACCAGAAAUUGUGGCAAAUGUGCAAGGUUCAUCAGCCGGUGCGGGCUCUGGAGAAUUCCACGUGUACAAAGCCAGUAGACGACGAGAGUACGAGCGUUUGAGAGCCAUGGAUGAGGAAAAGGAGACGGAGGAGAAGGAUGCGGAGUUUGUGGCCAAGAAGACUGAGCAAGAGAGGAGGGAUGCGGAGAAGACGGAGAAGAAUAGGUUGAAGAGGGAAAAAGCUAGGCAGAGGAAGGAGAAGGGGAAGCUUGGGGUUGCAGGGAAAGAGGGACAUGUGGAUGGCAAGACUGAUGUGCAGAAGAAGGAGAAAUUCAAGGCCAAUGUGGCGGUUAAGAGGGAUGGGGGCAAGGACGCUGAAGCUGGUCCUGCGGUCGAGGAACAAGGCAUCGUGUUUUUGGAUGAAGAUUGA